UUCUGGGAGGUGAUCAGUGAUGAGCAUGGCAUCGACCCAACUGGCACCUACCAUGGAGACAGCGACCUGCAGCUAGACAGGAUCAAUGUGUACUACAAUGAGGCCUCAGGUGGGAAGUAUGUCCCCCGUGCCAUCCUGGUGGAUCUGGAGCCGGGCACCAUGGACUCUGUCAGGUCUGGCCCCUUCGGACAGAUCUUCAGGCCAGACAACUUUGUCUUUGGCCAGAGCGGAGCUGGAAACAACUGGGCCAAGGGCCACUACACAGAGGGAGCAGAGCUGGUAGACUCUGUCAUGGAUGUAGUGAGGAAGGAGGCAGAGAGCUGUGACUGCCUCCAGGGCUUCCAGCUCACCCACUCCCUGGGUGGGGGUACUGGCUCUGGCAUGGGCACCCUGCUCAUCAGCAAGAUCCGCGAGGAGUACCCUGACCGCAUCAUGAACACCUUCAGUGUGGUGCCCUCUCCCAAAGUGUCUGACACAGUGGUGGAGCCCUACAACGCCACCCUCUCUGUGCAUCAGCUGGUGGAGAACACAGAUGAGACCUUCUGCAUCGACAACGAAGCCCUCUACGACAUCUGCUUCCGCACUCUCAAGCUCACCACACCCACCUAUGGAGACCUCAACCACCUGGUGUCAGCCACCAUGAGUGGAGUGACCACCUGCCUUCGUUUCCCUGGCCAGCUCAACGCCGACCUCCGCAAACUGGCUGUCAACAUGGUGCCCUUCCCCCGCCUGCACUUCUUCAUGCCCGGCUUCGCCCCCCUCACCAGCAGGGGGAGCCAGCAGUACCGCGCCCUGUCCGUGCCUGAGCUCACCCAGCAGAUGUUCGACUCCAAGAACAUGAUGGCGGCCUGCGACCCUCGUCACGGCCGUUACCUCACCGUGGCCGCCAUCUUCCGUGGCCGCAUGUCCAUGAAGGAGGUGGACGAGCAGAUGCUGAAUGUCCAGAACAAGAACAGCAGCUACUUUGUGGAAUGGAUCCCCAACAACGUGAAGACCGCUGUCUGCGACAUCCCACCCCGUGGCCUCAAGAUGUCUGCCACCUUCAUCGGCAACAGCACAGCCAUCCAGGAGCUGUUCAAGCGUAUCUCUGAGCAGUUCACUGCCAUGUUCCGUCGUAAGGCCUUCCUUCACUGGUACACCGGAGAGGGUAUGGAUGAGAUGGAGUUCACUGAGGCUGAGAGCAACAUGAAUGACCUGGUGUCUGAGUACCAGCAGUACCAAGAUGCCACCGCUGAGGAGGGCGAGUUUGAAGAGGAGGGAGAAGAGGAAGCCGCCUAAACCAUCCAGUCACUCAACUGCCAAACAGUCUAU